CCGAGGGGGUAGGAACGGGGAAAAAUAUCGUGCGACGGGUGAAUUUUCGAAACGCUUUGCCCGCUGGGGUGUUUAAUAUGUGUGAGUGUCGCCUCAGCGCGCAGGGUUUUUCUACAGGCGAUGCGACCGUGCUACCUGAUUGUUAGAUCUUACGGCUACAAACGCCAGUGAAGGAUAGUUUGCCUAUUUACCCUCACAAUGGUACCCAUUAUCUGAUGCUGUGAAGUGGUCGUUUCUCGUUGCUUUCGUAAUUAAUGAUAAUCACUAAGGUGUACUGCAUAGUGAUCGUCCAGUGAUAUACGAACCCCAACCAGUUUGCGAUCGACAGUGAAACUUAACAGGCGUUCUCAUUUCUAUCAACAUCACGAAAAAGCUAACAGUGAGGAAAUCCUAUCUGCCGCUGUAGCAUAUGCAUCAUAUGCAUCAAACAAACGAAAAACAUCAGAAUCGAUAAACAACAUUCAAACAUUUCAAUACAUUCAAAAAAAAUCAUAAAUCAACAAUCUAUUGGUGAUCUGCGCCAGCCACUUAAAUCGCCAACUCAGGAACUUGUUCGCUCAAACGCUACAGUUUUCAAAGAAUAACUCUUCAAAAAUCUGCUAAAUAAGAUGAUAUCCGCUCGAGCAUUGCAUUAUGUGUUUAAAAUCGGUAAUCGUGCCAAAAACAUUCAGUUUUUCCGGGAAGUGCUUGGCAUGCAGGUUUUGCGGCAUGAGGAAUUUACAAAAGGUUGCGACGCCGCCUGCAACGGGCCGUAUGACAAUCGUUGGAGCAAAACUAUGGUCGGCUAUGGACCGGAAGCGUCACACUUCGUGAUUGAGUUGACGUACAACUAUGGAGUAAUGGAGUACACUCUGGGCAAUGACUUAGCUGGCAUCACGAUCAAGUCGACGGAUAUAGUGGGACGUGCGCGAGCCAAGGGCUACCCAGUUCGAGAAGAAAACGGUCGAUCAGUGCUCACCUCUCCGGAUGGCUACCAGUUCUUUGUCCUACCCGAGAUACCAGCAGCGAACGCUGAUCCGGUGUCACGCGUUGCUCUGAACGUCGUCGACGUUGAUCGCUCGUUGCGAUACUGGGUUGAUUUGUUGGGAAUGGAGCAUCUCGGGCCACGCGACAGUGAAGGGGCUCAGCUAUCAUACGACAAGGGAAAGUUCGUUCUCGAACUGCAACGGAUUGCGGAGCCGCUGGAACGGGCUGAGGCGUAUGGCCGUAUCGCUUUUGCUGUGUUGUACGAUGCGCAGCCAAAAAUCGAAGAGCUGAUCCGGGGUGCAAACGGAACUAUCCUAACGCCACUAAUCACGCUUGACACCCCGGGCAAAGCAUCCGUGCGGGUCGUCAUUCUUGCUGAUCCGGACGGGCACGAGAUCUGCUUCGUCGACGAGGAAGGUUUCUCCGCCCUUUCUGCUUUUGAUCCGGCCAGCGAUGCCGCUAUCAACCGCUAUAUCCAGAAAGAUCCAUUCCAAGAAAAAAAGUGAACAUCAAUGUGAUUUAACAUUAUCUAGUAAUCAAUCGGUGAGUAUGUUAUCCCAUGUUAAAUUUCGUGAAUACAUUGUCAUUUUAUCGGUCGUAGACAUUUCAAUGUAGCCUGGGACUACAAAAUGAAAAACAAAAUAACAAACACUUAAUCUGAUAAUUAAAUUACCGCUAGGGACCAUUGGAAUGACUUUUGCAGCUCUAGUUCUAUUCUUCCUAUCCGCCAUCAACCGCCGGGUGGUUGGGCAUGCAACAGAGACAAAGUUAAUCUCCGUUGCUUACUAAUGUAACGUUGUGAUUUUACGGCCGGUCUUGUUGGUCCCGUGCCAACUUUAUCUUUCACGUCGGUUUCGGGAAUCGAAUCCAGGCCAGCUGCGUGACAACGACGACCACUCUAUUAACGGACCGACGGGCCAAACCUAUAGCUUAAAGAGCGUAAUAUUUCAUUAUCAUUUUCUAUGAAGGCUGUUUUUAUAAUUGUCAUUUAAUGGCUUCUAAGCUGGUAAGACAGUAAAAAAUCAUAACAUAUACAAUGGUAAUUAAUGUCGUUGUGUUAGUCAUAGGCAAUGACAUUUCAUUUUAUUGCUCGUGGGCUUUUCAAUGCAACCUGGGGCUAAGGGUUCCAAUCCAUAUUAUGAAUGACAAAUGCUUCGUCUGAUAAUUAAAAGCUUCGUUAGUGGCCUUUGCAAUGACCUUUGCAGCAAAUAAUAUGAUGAGCAUAGCACAGUAAAAUUCUGUAGUAUAGUAUUCUAUCAGUAAACCGUUGACAUUGGCUGACUGCGAAGUUACCAUGUAAUGACUUAUAAGUAGGUAGAUGCAAUCGGGACAAAAAAUGAAAAAGAUAUUCAUUGGCCACUGCAGCACCAAUUAAAUCAUAGUGCUGCGAUAAUCGAGCCCAUUCGUUCAUUAGCUGCGAUUGUCUAGCAAUGUGAGGUGCAGGUUUUUUUUAUUGCACUCUGAGAACACUUUGCGCGUUUGCCUUCGGCAGCGCACUGUUGAGCGAUCGUCGGUUGAUCUCUAGCGCCCUUUGGUGUCUUUUUUUAUCUUUUUG